AUGAUCAACUACAUCCUGCUCGUUUCUCGGCAAGGCAAAGUGCGACUUGCAAAAUGGUUCACGACGAUGGCGCCCAAGACCAAGGCGAAGAUCGUGAAAGAUGUAACGCAGCUGGUCCUCGCGCGUCGGACGAGAAUGUGCAACUUCCUUGAGUACAAGGACUCGAAGGUCGUGUACCGACGAUACGCCUCGCUGUUCUUCGUGUGCGGGAUCGGACCAUCGGACAACGAGCUCGUCACGCUGGAAAUCAUCCACCGAUACGUAGAGGUGCUGGAUCGUUACUUUGGGAACGUUUGCGAGCUAGAUCUCAUCUUCAAUUUCCAAAAGGCCUAUGCGAUCCUUGACGAGCUGAUCAUUGCUGGAGAGCUGCAGGAGUCUUCGAAGAAGACGGUUCUUCGAGUUGUAACACAAUCAGACAGUGUGGAAGAACAAGAGAACUCAGAAGACACGAUGGCGCGCAUUGGAUCACGAAGCGGUCCGAUGAUGUAG